AUGAAGGGACAUGUUCCUGACGGUUACAAGUUCGAUCCUGAAGUCCAAUUUCAGGAUGAUGAUGAUGACUACAACUCAUGUCCGACUCUGGACGACAGAGUUCACGUCCUGGUUUGUGUCGUUCCUGCUGACAAUGUUUCUUUAAUGAGUCCAGAAGUUGUGAAGAAGAUGAGAGAAGUCAGAGAAGCAGCCAGUGAAAUGGGAAUUCCCCAACUGGCUAUUCUCACCAAAGUUGAUAAAGCGUAUUCUCAGCUGACAAAAGACAUAAAAAAAGUAUAUAAUCACAAGGACUUGAAGCAAAAGGUCGACGAAUUGAGCAUGUUGAUAGGCAUGCCACCGAACUGCUUCUUUCUUGUGAAGAACUACCACUCAGAAACCAACACAAAUGAAGACAUUGAUGUGCUGAUCCUGAGCACGCUGAGAGAGAUUAUUAACGCUGGAGAAGACUUUCUCAACAAUCUGUAG